AACAGACGUCAAAAAUAGCAAUGACAAAAAACCGGAAGUAACUCAAAAAUCCAGAACGAGGCUCGUACAAAAGCAUGGCUUCGAUCUUUUUAUAUUUGCGGCUGUAUAAAAAUGCCAAUUUAACAACUUAAUAACACUUGACAAGUCUGAGAUGAGCUGUCUGUCGAGUCAGCUGGCUGCAUUCGUCCAGACACAGGAGAGUCUGGAGGAGAAGGUUCGUCUGCUGCAGGCAGAGAGAAACCUGCUGGUGGAGGAGUUCCUCAAGACUGGCGCCAUCUCAGAGAGAGUCAAACUUCAGCUGUCUGAUAUGAAUGGGGCGACCUCUAACAGUGGGUCUCAAUGAGAAUCUGAUCAUCAGCUACAUCACAGCAGAGAACAGCAAGUGAAUGUAGCAGACAGUAGUGUGGAAGAUGGCAUCAUGGCCUCUGCCUGCAAGUGUCUCAGUCUGCUGCAGGCCCUGGAGGAAAAGUGUCGUCUGCCAGAGUUGCCAGACUCCAGUGAUGAGGAUGCAUUCCAGCAGUGGUCUCAGGAUGGAUGAGAGUCGUAGCCUCCGACCAAAGAGACUCCCUUUACAAACAGUUACCUCCAAUGUGGAUUCACCAGUAAAAAAGACACAGAAAGAUUACUCAAAGGCAUACAGGGAUAGAGUGAAAGACAACCCAGACUUAUAUAAACUUGUGCGGGCAGAAGAAACGCGCCGCAACAAAGAGUACAGAAAGAACAGGUCUGAUGAGGCUGUUAUUCAUAACAGAGAACUGCAGAAACUCAGGCAACAAAAGUAUAGGCAAAGACUCAAAGAUAGUCAGCAAGAGAAAAAGAGGGUCCCUAAGACUCGCCAUACUUUGGAACAUGAAAGAAAACAAUGGGCACAAGAAAAGCGAGUUCAGAGAGCAAACAUGUCGCACCAGAAGAGAGCUGCCAUAAACAAAAAAAGACGAGAGGCUUACGCAGCCAAAAAGAAAGCACCACCUACUAGUACACCACAACCAAGUGCGAGCCUGCUGCAACCUGCAACGGAAACAAUGGAUACGUCGCAGCCAAACCUUGCUGUUACACCUAGUACCUCUACCAGCUGCUCUGGUUCCAGCAACAACGCUGUACGGACUGCCAAGAGCAGGUUUAAAAAAACCUUUCUACAUAACCUGCCAUCCAACCCAAAAAUGAGGGCGGAAGUGAUUUCAGCUGGUCUGGAAGCGUUGUCACCAAACUCGAGACAAUGUAUCAGUGGAAAACUUGGAAUACUUAGUCCAAUGGCAAAACGUCGGCUGAAACUUGGAUUUCAGAUUUCCAAAACUGUCAAGGAAAGGAUUGUUGGGAGCAAGAUGAAGCGGUCCAUUCGUGAGAUGAAGCUGCGGUGACUGUUUGCACAGGCAGUCGUCAUCUCAAAUAGAGCUGCCUCUCUGCAUUUUGGUAUGAGCAGAAAAAUGCGGCAACGAGUGAGAGAGUCCAGUGAGCCUGGUUGGGAGGAAAGAAGGGCCAAGAGAAAGGAUGCCAUUUCAGAGGAAAUAGGUAACAAUGUUAACACAUUCUUCAACAGUGGCACAGUAAGCCGUGAUAUGCCUGAUGCUCGUGGGGCUGUUGUUGAGGGGGGUGAGGUGAAACCAAGGAAGGUCCUUGAGUCGUCCCUCAGAACAGUCUAUGGUGAAUUUGUGGAGCAGAAUGGACAAGUGCUAUCCUUCAGCACCUUCAAGAAGCUGAAACCAAAGAGGGUGCUGCCAUUCACAUCGCACAAAUUUAAUGAGUGUUUGUGUGAAUACUGCGCGAAUAUGGACUUAAAAAUUCAUGCUAUAAAUGGCCAACAGUGCACUAGAAUAAAAAUUCAGGACAGGUAUGAGGCUUCGCGUCUGACACUGUGUCCCAAACUGCCUGGGACAGACUAUAAAAAGUCAUGCAUUGACUGGCAGUGUAACGAUUGUGGAGCAAGUUUGUUUUCCAAUCAUAUGCAGCCAGCAUUUGAAGGAGAUGCAAGGUUGUGCCGAGUGGUGUGGUGGCAGUGGGGCAUGGUGCCAAAUCCCGCAAGGCCUACAUCUUCCAAAAUGAUGAAGGUGAAAAGGGAGACCACAUUCGAGGAACUGAUAGAAGCCACUUCAGACGCUCUUGGGCCAUUUUCCCUUCACCUAUUUAAUGCGAAAUGGCAGUGGCAGCAAUAUAAUGUAAUCUCGGGCAAUGUUCCACCACGGACCGUCGUUUGUUGUAUGGACUUUGCUGAAAAUUACACCGUCCGCCCUCAGGACACACCACAAGGACAUCACUGGACCAACACACAGUGUACGAUCCAUCCAGUUGUUGCGUCAUACCAGUGUCUCAGCUGUGAUGGUGGGGUUGUCACCGACUCUAUCGUGUUCAUCACAAGUGACCAGACGCAUGACUACCAUGCAGUGCAGCAUUUCCUGGCAAAGUCUGUGGAGCUAUUACAGUCGGAGAACUUGAGCUUCGACAGGCUUAUCACCUUUUCCGAUGGUGCCCCUACACAGUACAAGAACAGAAUAAACUUCGUCGACUGUUCACAUGCUUUGGUAGACUUUGGUGUCAUGUCAGAACGCCAUUACUUUGGCAGCCGCCAUGGAAAAGGCCCCUGUGAUCGGGAGAUUGGUGUAAUAAAAAAAUCGGUAAACAGGAGUGUUGCAGCCCGCCAAGUCGACAUGACGGAUGCAAGGAGUCUUUUUGAACUGUGUACCAGCAGACUUCAGCUACCUCGUGAAGCAGAACACAGCCACACCAAACGUCGCUUCCUGUGGGUUGAACCAGCCGACAUCAACAGGGACAGGCCCUUGCGGACACAAACAAAACCACUGAAGGACACACGUAAGCAUCACUGCAUCAAGGGCAUCCAACCUUUUGUUGUGUCCGUGAGGGAACGAUCCUGUUUCUGCAAGGGCUGUGAAGGAAACACACCAUGCAUUAAUGCUGAUGCAUCAGGACCGUGGAUGGCUGCUGAGUUGGCCCCAACUCGAAGAAGAGGUCAAACACAACCAUCAGUUUCCUGUAAUUCUAGUGCUCCUAACAAUCCCAUGCCACUGCCAGCUCCUGACAAUGCCCUACCACUUCCAGCUCCUGACAAUGCCACGCCACUACCAGCUCCUGACAAUGCCCUACCACUUCCAGCUCCUGACAAUGCCGCGCCUCCACCAGCUUCUGACGCCACGCCACUGCCAGCUCCUGACAAUGCCCUACCACUUCCAGCUCCUGACAACGCCAAGCCACUACCAGCUCCUGACAACGCCACGUCACUGUCAGCUCCUGACAACGCCAUGGCACUGCCAACUCCUAACAAUGACACACCACUACCAGCUCCAGUUCCACAGCAGCCCCCUCAGCAAGAUAGGCUUACUAUGAAAGUUGGGGAUUUUGUCUGAGCCAACAUCUUGCCUGCCAAUGGUGCCGUCACAAAAGCCAAGUCAUUCAUUAGGAUUGUUGAAGCUGUUGAUGAUGAUGGAACAGAGCUGCGUUUCCUGAGGAAAAUGGGGCAGCACUAUGUCAUGUCUGAUGUAUUGGACACCUCGUUUGUUUUUUUCAAUGAGAUCCUGGACAUUAUGCCUGUUCCAAGGAUUGAUGGGCGAGGGCGCCAUUUCUUUUAAAGACACAAAUAACUUAUAUGAUUUCUGUAUUUAGUAUAGGAUCCCAAUGAUCAAAUUACAAGUUUUGUUCCAGUGAUUGCCAUCUAUUUUUUCCUCAUAUUUCAUUUAUUGGGGUCAUUAAAGUAAGAUGUCCUACCUUAAUACUAACUGAGAGGCAAUAUUAUCCUGCUGAGUUUAUUUACAUAGCUUCUACUUUCAAUCAUUUAUAUUCAUUAUAAAAGUGAACUCGAAAUAUUACAAAGAUUGAAGUUUUUAAAAACAUAUUUUACUGGUUUUCUGUGUCGCAAGUAUAGCAUACAUUGUAUAUAUAUUUUUAAUUAUUACUCAAGACAAGUUAUCACAUCUUAGGAAUGAUAAAGUGAUGCUGUCAAAUGGAGUCAUCUGUAUGAUUUGCAGUGUUUUUAUGAUGUAUUUUGGCAUAAUCAGUGCCUGUGUUAUGUGCAGAAGGUGGUUUGAAAGUCUUUCUACUUCAAUGUGUGCUAUUUAUUUUGGGUUAUCAUAAAUGAUGAAUAAAUCUAUUUCCAUGUACCAUAUUGUGUUCAUUGUUGUAUAUGUCUAAUGGUGUUAGUUUUCUGUACCUGGAAACUUUUUUUUUAUCUUCUGCUCAUAACGGUGUCUAUUUUACAGUUUCACUUGUAAACUACAUUUAUUGUGUGGUUUUUUUAAAAUUAUUACUCAUGACAAGCUAUCACAUCCUAGGAAUGAUUAAGUGAUGCUGUCAAAUGGGGUCAUCUGUAUGAUUUGCAGUGUUUUUAUGAUGUAUUUUGGCAUAAUCAGUGUCUGUGUUAUGCGCAGAAGGUGGUUUGAAAUAGUCUUUCUACUUCAAUGUGUGCUAUUUAUUUUGGGUUA